CUGGUUCUGAACGAAUCCGUUCCGUUUUGCUCGAGUCCGCCUCUCCGUGUCUGUUCCUAUUGACGCACGUAAAGACUCUUCCCUCAACCUUAAGGCGAGUAGCAGCGACCAAUCACCAUGCCAUUACAGGCUUCAGAGGAAGCUGUUUAUGUGACUCCAGCGCUAAUUAGGCUCAUGAACUAACAAAUCGCUUGCACAACUGGUGAGGAACCGAUCACAUCCAUGGAUUGUCUGGCGCAGUUGACCACCUUUAUGGCUAUUUGUUGAUUUGUUGUUACUGUGGCUUCUAUUCUUGCUGCACUCUUCGUUCCAAAGUUAUUUAUGCUGACAAACUUUCUCGGUGUGGAGUAGUAACCUAUUUUUACGAAGAACGCCUGCACCUCUUAAACUCUAAGCUGGGGAAUAUUGACUAUCAAACCAUGUUUCAACCUACACCGAAGAGGUGUUUUACUAUAGAAUCGUUGGUAGCGAAGGAUAAUCCUCUACCAGUGUCUAGGUCUGAGGAGCCCAUACGACCAGCGGCUCUGAGCUAUGCAAACUCCAGCCAGAUGAAUCCAUUUCUGAACGGGUUUCAUUCCAGCGGCAGGGGCGUCUACUCUAAUCCGGACUUUGUGUUCGCUGAGGCGGUCUCACAUCAGAACAACUCCGGUGUCCCAGUUCAUUCGGUGCCACCUCCACAUGCUUUGGCUCACCCACUUUCAUCCUCACACAGUCCGCACCAUCUUUUUGCCAGCCAGCAAAGGGACCCCUCAACUUUUUACCCAUGGUUAAUACAUAGAUAUAGGUACUUGGGUCACAGAUUCCAAGGUAACGAAACAAGCCCGGAGAGCUUCCUUUUGCACAAUGCACUGGCCAGAAAGCCCAAAAGAAUUCGGACAGCUUUUUCCCCUUCGCAACUUCUGCGGCUUGAGCACGCGUUUGAAAAAAACCAUUACGUCGUAGGUGCCGAACGAAAACAGCUUGCGCACACCCUUAGCCUCACAGAAACUCAGGUAAAAGUGUGGUUUCAGAACCGAAGAACCAAGUUCAAGCGGCAAAAGUUGGAGGAGGAGGGUUCAGAUUCGCAACAGAAGAAGAAGGGGACCCAUCACAUAAACCGAUGGAGACUCGCAACUAAACAAGGAUCGGGAAGCCCGGAUGAAAUUGAUGUAACUUCAGACGAUUAAAAUACUAAAUUGUUUGAACCUGGGACAUCCGUGUGCCGUGAAGGAUGACAUGGCUAAGGAUGCUGUGUACAGAGAGACAGAGAGAGGGUAAAGCCAAUGUCACAUUUCGAUUCUUCGGAGAUCGGCAGCUGAGGGUGAGAGAUCCGAUUGUUGGCACUGCUGUCACUACCAUGGGUCUGUCAAACCAUAUCAAAUUGCCCAGGCAAAAGUGAUUGACAGUAUCGCAGUCCAACUACCUGACCCCCUUCCACGCACCAACCCACCACUACAAUCUCCCACGAACCACCCAAAAAUUAAUCUCCAAUUCACAUUGGACAUUUGCACUUCUGAAAGUUUCUAAAUAUGAACGUUUCCACUCAAGAUACCAAAAUCCACAACUGUUUUUGUAAAACUUAAAUUGCAUGGUAGACUUUCUGGUAGUUGUUUUAAUUUGAUAAUUUUCUCAAAAACAACUUUGUUUUAACUCUAUUUUCAAUCUCAGAGAUGUUGUGCUUCUUCCUUUUUACAAAGUGUGCAGUCUUUUAAUUAAUGAUUAUCGUGUUAAAGUGAUUGUGAAAACAGUAUGAAGUAGCAGUGCUGCGUUAUAGUGUUUUUAAAGAAAAUGCAUUUCGAAAACUUUAUAAAAGUUUAUCAAACCACAGAUAAAGUACUUAAAGGGAAAGUAUCCAGGACAUUCCUUAAACCUAAAGCUUUACCAUGUCUCCGUUAUUCUGUCCCGAGCAUAUUGUCAGGACUUGACCCUCCGGUGAGAGUUGCCACAAAGGACUAAUGCAAGAAUUGACUGCCGUAGAGGCGAGAAAACGUCAAGCACUGAGCGUAUCCAUGUACAGAGAUACUAAAAGUUAAUGUUUCUGUUAAACCCUCUUUUACCAGAAUGUAAAUAAUUUUGUGUUUGUGUUAAGUUUGCUACAAUUUUAACACAAAGUAUACUUCCAAGAAGUAUGUAAUUGUCAAUAUUUUGUCAAUAAAGUUUUAUCAAUAUGUUGCGCGCGGAGUAAAAGUAGGGUUUGAUUUAAGAUCAGCUUUCAUUUCUUGACAUUUUAUAAAGAGACCUGUUACGCCCUUCAAUUCAAGCCUGUAUUAUUUCACACUUUUUAUAGGCUAUUGGCUGCCACCAAUCACCCGCUUCGUAUAUCUUGAUUUUGGUCAAACCAGUCUCACAAUUAGCCUACACUUGAGGUAGGCCUAUGACUCAUUUUAGAAGGAAUCCAGACAAUGUGGGUUGUUAAAAGUAACAUAAAUCAUGCUAUUACGAGAAAAUGCAAGAAUAUUUUUCUGUGGCAAGUGCAUGGUUGUUUUUCCGGUGGUUCAUUUGCUCCUCAGUCUGAUAGACUGCAUUAAUCCGUUUUUAUUUAGAGGGGCAGCGUCUGGUCUGCUCAGGCUACAAAGAGUCCUACGAGCUUUUGUGAAAGUGCAAAUCAGUUUAGGCAAUUAUCAUGCGAGUAAUAUGAGGGGGAAAGGGGAUGCAUUGCCCAGUGGUCCACUUUAAUCUCUUAAUCCGUGGAUCCAAGGGGGCUUGGUUGGACAUAAUUUAGUACAAUCUGACUACCCCUCACGAAGCGAUAAGGGAAGGUUGCAAUGUGCAGCGAAAUGAGAUCUUUGUUUAAAAUCUUGUCUCUCCGACAGCCACGAGUAGGAUAUGCCUACACGCGCUCUUCCCACAAAUUGAUCAUAAACAAAACAGCAUCAACCCAUGCAUACUCUUUCCCCAUUUCAUGUGUAGCCUAUUACGCUUGUACGGGCAAAAAGAAAAGUAUAUUAUUAUUAUUAUUAUUUUAUUUUUUACAUCAAAUAACUUUAUAGACCAACAUCUUUCUUUAUAAGUGACUCAAACAUAACAUUUUAUUCUGUAUUUGUUCAGGGAAGACCCAUUGACACCAAGGUCUCAUUCACAAGGGUGCCCUGAUCACAGUAACACAAUCAAAUACAAUAUAGAAACAAAACAGCCAUCGAUACAAUGUAAAAUUAAAUAAAAAAAUACAGCACAACACAAUUUAAGAAAAACUGUUACAUUCCACAGCUACUUGUCCUCAAUACUUUAAAUUGCCAGAGCGGCACCAGAACAUCCAAUUGUAAUGAGUUUUGUAAAUGGUUUGAGUAGUGAGGUGCAUUAAAACUAAGAAAGGAUUUACCUAAUUCGGUGGAGACCCGAGGAACCUCAAGAAUUAACCAACUCUGUGAAAGGGUUUGGUAUCUCAUGUUUUUAUACUUCAACAACGAAGUUAGGUAAGUCGGAAGCUUGUGUAGUAUUGCUUUGUAAACAAAAAGGGAAUAUUGAAGUGACCUACAGGACUUUAAUGAGGACCAGCCAACCUUUUGAUACAGGAUGCAGUGAUGAGUAUUAAAACUGUCCCCUGUGAUAAAGCGAAGGGCGCUACGGUAGACAGCAUCCAAAGGUUUAAGAGCAGUGGCUGCUGCAUUCUGGUAACUGGUGUCACCAUAGUCAAGAACUCGCUGGAAAGUUGACUGUACAAUCUGCUUCCUGCUGUUUAGAGAGAGGCAAGAUCUUUAAAUCUAAGCUUUUCAACUAGCUCAUCAGUAUGUUUUUUUAAACAUUAAAUCCUUGCCAAUCCAAGUGCCCAGGUAUUUAUAGGCGGGAACCCGAUCAGUGGGAAAACCAUUCAAUAAAAAAAAAUGUGGUCCAAUGCACAUGGGAAAAAUGCACAUAAAAUUGUUUUAAAUGUUGCAAAAUUAAACUGUAUUAUAUUUACACUAUGUAUCUCCUAAACAUGUGAAGUCCCACCAUGCACAUUGUAUGAUGUGAGGUGUAGUGUUUAUUUCUAUAAUUGUUUCACAUCUUGAAAAGGAGCUUUUCAGAGGGGGUGGUGUGGGGGGCUAUAGGCCUACAUACAAACUAUAGUCCCCAUAUAUGGAUGGGGAAUUUUAAUCGGCACAUGGACUAUAACAGCAAUAAAAAUCUUCAGAGAAUACCAUUAGCUUUGAAAAAACCUUAAAAGCUUUAUUACAAACCCAGCUUUGAAAUAGGGGGAUUAGAGGGCUGAAAGGGUCCCACAAUAGUUAGAAGAAAAGGUUUCAUGCUAAUGAGGUUAAUGCCCUUUGUAUCUCCGGACUCCACAACUUCAUUACUCCUAUCUCGGGCAACACCGAGCGGCUCCAGAGCGCGCAAUCCACUCGAGCUUUCCCCUACCCUGCCUAAAGAAGGAUUUGAUAGCAGUCCUGUUCAAACUAGAUAAUUAUAUAUUUUCAAGUUGGAAUUAAGAUAAAGAAAGUGAAGGCGGUGAGCCUUGAUCCGCUGCAAACAAAUUUGGCGCACUUUCUCCCUCCGCGGUGCCUCAAUAGGCAGGAUAGCCCCCUCAUUAUGACUGGGUCUCGUUUUAUUAAUUGUACACUCUUUUGAUUUAAACGAGCCAGUAUUUUGAAUUUAAUGGCAGAUUAUUGUAUACAACGAAAUUAAAUAAAUGUUAUAAUGAUGAACCGGAUCUGUUCAAAUGUACGGGUUCCCAUGAAUAGCCUCUACAUUAGCACUUCUGCACAAGUAGGCCUAUACAGGCUAUUCACAGAGCUAAUUUGGAGCUAGGGGAGGACAUUUCUAUUCAAACUUGCAUUGCAGGCCUUUAUGGGACAUGCUGAAAUGUAUUUUAUUUUAUAGUGGAUAUAUUCGUCAAAUAGGCUAUUGGAUUAACACUGCACACUAGUUUAUUUUUAUUUUUCUGCAACAUAAAUCGGUGUUUUUUGUGAUAAAGACUAUGAUAGGCCUAUAUUUUGCAUAUAAUUAUGUGUGCAUAGACCUAUGACUGUGCCUGUGCGUAAAGCCACGAUCUUCUCAUUUGUAUAAGGCCUACAAUCGCAAGGAUUUACAGAUAUUGUUUUUUGACAAUUUACCAUUUUCACUGAGGUAACAGAGUAAAGCAGCAGCGCGAGGGAUACAAUACUAAUGUGCGCAGGAAAACGCACCUGUCUUCUUGAACAAGGCAGGUGAAGACGUUGUUUGGCAUUGUCAAUCUUUAGUGGUUCCGGUAGGCCUACUGUUUCCUCCACUCAAACUUGCUCUGAGUCAGUGAAUGUUAAAUUAUGAGAUACUAGACCCCAUAUACUGUAUCAAUCGAUUCCUUUCCCAAACAAUAAAGCUGUGUGUAUGGGGACUGCUGGGGACCUUGUGACCCGCUUAUCUAACCUUGCGCUGCUAGGCUGUACAGAGGCAAAAGUUUUUUUUGGCCUCGCUUAAUAAGGACUGGGAAACGAUCAAUCAUCAAAGCCCCAUGGCUUGGGUUUCUUAUUAAGUUACUAUAGCCAGAUCAUUGCUGGCUGCUAAAUACUCGAUGAGGAAUAUGGAUUCUGACACCAUCUGAAAGGAUAGCGAGUAAGCCAAAGGUCUAGGCUACUUACCUGAUGUGAAAUAAUUAUCCGCCAUUUAAAAAACCGUCCUAUCAAAUGAUCCCAGUGACCCAAAACCCCUAAUCUGCAAUUAGUAGGUAUAAUUAUGUCCGCUGAUGUUGCUAAUGUGAAUGGUAUUUGGAUGGCGACCAUUACACAUCAAUAACGGCACUUCCCUGAUAUAGCCUAAAUGCUGAAAACAAGUAUAUCUGCAAAAACAAACACACAUUAGAUAAAGCCCACUAUAUAAAACAUGCAAUGAGACUAAUCCGCUCUUGUUGGAGUAGCACAGGCCCUAUAGCCUACUUAUAACUCGCACUUACAAAUAUAGGCUACCUUUCAUCACCAUUAUGCACAGAUGAGCAACUGUAAGCAUGGUUUAGCCUUAUUGAUAUGUGAAAUGUGUGAUUUAUGAUCCUGUUUUUGACGACUUUAAAGACAUUUUUGCAUUCACUGCUAGGCCUAGGCUAUAGCGCUGCAUGCCAACUUCCGCCCUAAUUCACGUUGUUUGAAACUAGGUAAUGCCAACUUCUGUCCUCUCAUUCACGUUGCUUGACACUAGGUACACUGUAAAAAGUCAUUAGUUCUGCUUACUCAAUUAUUUUGAGGAAGCCCAUUGCCUAGAACCAUUCGAGUAACCCAACUCAAAGUAUUUCAGUGUUCAAUACUUAAAGUAAUAAAGUGACAUCACCACCCAUAUCUUUUGAAGUUGUAAAUUGCAUGAUGUAUUCUGAACUAUAAUGAUUGAAGUUACUUGAACAUUAACAUGUGUUGUAGUGAACAUAAAAAUGU